AUGGCUGGAUCGCUUGUGGCUGGGCCACAUGCCUGGCCCCAAGCGGCGGAUGACAAGCGGCGGUGUGCAAGGGGCCGUACACUGGGCGAGCUUUUGCUCAGAUUUUGUGUCUCUAGUCUCAUAACCAGUGGAACAAAAUCUCUUGCAAAUGGGAACUCAACUGCCACUGCAAACAUGAUGAUGAUGUUUGAGCUGCUGGGCUUCUUCCAUGUUGCCCUAUUUCUUCACUCCUCAAUUCUACUCUUCAAGCUCUUCCAUUACAUAUUCAUUGGAAGAGAACCAACCUCUCAAAGGUCCCAUGAGAAAGAAAGCCUCCCCAAAGAAGAGAGUUGCAGGGAUUCGAGUGAAGAAUGGUUUGAGAGGGAAGAUCUUAUAGCAGAUGUUACGCUUGGUGGAAAAGCAUUGGUUUUCCUCCCCUGUAAAACCUCCCUUAAACUCCAAGAUUUUGGUAUAGAAAAUGAAGAAUUCGAGUUGUGCUCGGAGAACAUUGAGAUUUUGGGCAGAACAUAUGAGGAAGCAGAGGAAAUCAUCGUAGAAGAUCAGAUCUCAACGUGUUCUUCUAGUGUUUCGGAGGUGGGUUUAGAGAAGUCUAGUGAGAACUUGGAUGAAACCGUAGAAUUCGAGUCUCUAAGUAACAAAGAUCAGGAUUCACCUGAUCAAGCCGUCAACGGAAAUAGCAGUUAUAUAGAGUUUGAUUUAGAGAAAGAGAAAGGUUAUCAUGGACGAGAGGGAUUGGAAGGUAUCACAGAGCCUCAUGUGGAGGAAACUCAUGAAGAAUUGCAGAGAGAGAAAGAAGAAGAAGAUGAGGAAGAAGAAGAAAAAGAAGAAGAUGAUGGUGGAGGAGGGGUAGAAGACAGAGAUAAUGGCUGUGUGGGAACAAAGCAUUCUUUCGGAGAGGACACAAUUACAGGGAGCUCUUUUGAAUGGGGGAGUUCAACAAAUUACAGGGAUUCAGAGCUAGAGGAUCUCUGCUCAACUUCAUCUCUUCGAAGCUCUUCAGCUAGAAGGGGGGAAUUUGAUUCAAUGUAUAAGAAAUACGAUGACAAAAUGGUUUUUCUCGAUAGGAUCAGCUCACAGAAGCUACACGAAGCUGAGUCUUUCCGGGCGGCUAAGGUUGGGCUACCACGUUCCAUCUCUCAAAGAUUAUCAUUCAAAAUGAGAGAAAUUAAAAAUGAGAAUAGUCCUCUGAAAGAAAAGGAGAGGAACACAUAUCAAGAACUGGAGGCCACAUAUGUAGCUCAAAUAUGUUUGACAUGGGAAGCUCUUAAUUGGAACUACAAGAAUUUACAGCAAAUUAAGGCUUCAAAAACAGAGGAGAGGGAAAGUGAGGUCCUUAAUUAUGGGUACAUUUCCCAACAGUUUCAGCAAUUUCAAGUCCUGCUGCAGAGAUUCAUCGAGGAUGAACCUUUUGAACUUGGAAAGAGACCUGAAGUUUUUGCCAGGAUGAGGAGUUUUAACCCAAAACUACUUCAAGUUCCUGAAUUUAGAGAUGCUGAUCAGAGAGAGGAAGGUACCGAUUCCACGGUCUCGAUCGCUCCAGCAGUAGCGGUAGUUGAAGAAGCCAUUGUAACAUUUAUGAAUUUUCUCAUAGUUGACAGGGGAAAGUCGAGUAAAAUCCUUCGAAUCAUCUUUAAGAGGAAUCAGAGCUCUACAAAUCCAACCCUUCUCAAAUCCUUGAAGAAAGAUAUGGAGAAGAAGAAGAGAAAGUUGAAGGAUCUUACAAGGAGAAGGAAAUGCAUUAAGAGGAGAAUAAGGCGCCAGAGCUCAAAUGAAAUGGAGAUUUUGAUGGGUUUGAUUGAUUUGAAAGUUAUUUCCAGGGUUCUAAGGAUGUCUAGAAUUAGUACAGAGCAGUUGAAAUGGUGUGAGGAAAAGCUAAGUAGGGUGACCAUCUAUGAAGGGAAAUUAUUUAGAGACUUCAUUCCAAUCAUGUUCCCUUCUCACUAACCAUCAUCACUCCUUUUUCCAUCUCUUAGAUCUCUGACCAUUAACGGGGAUGUUGGUGAUAAGAGAGAAACAGAAUGAUGCUGAAUGUAUAGUAUGAUACCUGCACAUAUUCUUUGCAUGUAGUUCUGAUCUUGGGUCCUCUGAAAAAGGUUUCAACGGCGAUUUGGAAUCCACUAAAGAAGUAGAAAGAGAGAUGAUGUGGAGAUAUCUCUUUAAUCCAGUAGAGGGCAAAAGUAGAGAGGGAAAAGCAAAGAGAAGAUGAAAUAAAGUAAGGGGGAUUGAACAUAAUCUCUACUUUAUUUUGCUUUUUUGAUGGGAUAUUUAUCUCUCUCUUGUGCUGGGUAGUGUGGAUCAAAAGCCUUUAGAGACCCAUGUUGUACAGAAAAAGAGAAGCAAGAAAUGCAAUAACGGCUAUCUCCUAAUCUAAUAUGGGUCUUGAUAAGGUUAUCAAAUGCCUAAAGUUCGAAUCUAAAAUUUCAGAUUUCAUUAGAAAUCGUG